AUGCAGGUGCCGUUCACAUCAAUUUACAAGCUGCGAAAAGUGGCGGACACAUCGGCAAGGUCGUGCUUUGUGUGCUACAAGCCGUCUGUUUCGGUGCUGGUUUCCUUGCCGAAUGCAUCUUCUAAAGACCCCGACUUCUUCUAUGUGUGUGAGGCGCAUCUUCGUGACUCCAAUUUCUGCUCCAUUCGGUAUAUCGAAGAGUCACCCAGUCAGGACUCGGUUGGUGCUGACAAGAAGUCUGAAGUCUUGUCAAUUCAAGCAGAGGUUGCCAAUCUAGAAAAACGUCUUCGCAGGCUCGAGGAUAAGCAGAAGGCAGCUGCUAGUACGUUGAAUGCUGUUGUCGGAUACUUCACCAAAUCAUCGGUUGAAGAAAAGAAAGAUGACGAUUCCAAAGAGAGCAUUUCCAAGGAGCUCAAGGACCCGAAAUUGGAGAUCGUUGAUGUCAAGAAGGAACUUAGCUUUAAAGUUGCUGAACUUAGAGCACUGGAAAAGCGGUUUACGCGGUACCAGCUAGACCCUGCAAUUUAUCGCGCACGCUUAAUGAAGUUUCAUGAACGUCAGCGGCAAAAAGAACACCAGAAGUUUCUUCAGAACCCAGCCAGUUUCCCUAGCGUAAGCUCUCUUCCAUCUCCUGGUGAGAAGGCUGAUAAGGGUGACGAUAAGUCGAAUGAUCCUGGGGUUAGUCCUGGGGAUAACCAGACAGAAUAG